AUGACAACCAAAUCCAACAGCAGUGUUCUGGGUGGCAAGGCGUCCUCCUCUCCUCUCCUGUCUUCACCAACCCGCCAGCGCCUGGUCACCAAAGAUGGACACUGUGCCCUCACUCCCCCACUGUGCUCUUCAGGCUCAUGGCGCAGGGCAUCAAGACGAGCCUGGCUACUGGCCGUGCAGGACCUGUGGGGAUUGCUGGUGGGUCUGCGCUGGAGAUGGGUCCUGUUGGCCUUCUGUACCUCCUUCCUGGCCCACUGGCUGCUGUUUGCUUGCCUGUGGUACUUGCUGGCCCACCUCAACGGAGACCUGGCUGUGCAAGAUCACGAUUCCCCCCCACAGGGGCAUGUGGUUUGUGUGAAGCACAUUACCAGCUUCACUGCCGCUUUUUCCUUCUCCCUAGAGACACAGCUGACCAUUGGCUAUGGCACCAUGUUCCCCAGUGGGGACUGUCCCAGUGCUAUAGCACUGCUGGCUGUGCAAAUGCUGCUGGGGCUCAUGCUAGAGGCAUUCAUCACAGGUGCAUUUGUAGCCAAGAUUGCACGUCCUCAGAAGCGAGCAGGAGCCAUCCAGUUCAGUCCCCAGGCAGUGGUGGGCCAACAUCAGGGCCAGACGUGCCUCAUGCUGCGAGCCACUAACCUGCUGCAGAGGCCUCUGGUAGAUGUGAAGGUGAGUGCUGUGCUCUACGAGGAACAUGAAGGUCAGGCCCUGCACCAGACCUCUCUGGACUUCCACUUGGAUCAUCUGGGCCAACAGCCCUGUCCCUUCUUCAUCUUCCCACUCACCUUUUACCACCCCCUGGACCGCCGAAGCCCCCUCUACCCUGCCCUGUGUGAGGGCAUAUCCAACCACUUUGAGUUGGUGGUGUUCCUGUCAGCCUUGCAGGAGGGAACUGGUGACACCUGCCAGAAGAGAACCUCUUACCUGCGCCAAGAAAUCCAGUUUGACCGUCGCUUUGUGCCAGCCUUGGGGUUGGAUGCUCGGGGGAGGUACAUGGUGAGCACCCAACACUUUGACACGGCCCACUCAAAGGAGCCUUUGGACAAGGACUGUGUGGUGCAGAUCAACGGUGAUGGCAGUGACAGGAUGGAGUAA